AUGGAUCAGCUUUCUGUACUCGGAACAUUUACUUUGUUUUCACUGGUAUUUGCAGAGGGAAGUGAAGCAGCCCAAGACGUUCUGUCCAGACUAAACCUGGAGCAGCACAGACACAGGAAGAUCAGGCUGAGGGACGUCCUGGAGAUCUGCCCAGAAAGCAUAAAGCCCAGGGUUCCAGAGGCAUUAGGGGAUUUACCGUGGCAUUUCCUGAGGAAGCUCAUGGCUCUGCGGGCGCCUGCAGAAGAAAUGGCUGAUGAGGAGGAUCUGUAUACUGAUGACAAUUUCUGUUUUAGUGAUGCUGAGAUGAAAGUUUCCCUGCACCCCCUGGACGUUCUCUGCGCCGUGCUGCUUUGCUCAGACAGUUUCCUGCAGCAGGAGAUCCUGUCCAAAAUGUCCAUGUGCCAGUUUGCCCUGCCUCUGCUGCUGCCCCCCCUCGACUCCCCCAGGGGCACCCUGCUGCUGUGGGCCAUGCGGGACAUUGUGAGGAGGUGGCGGCCGCACUCCCUGGCACAGAGCCGAGGGUUCAGGGAGGAGAGCCUGGUGCUCACCCCAAUGCCAACCGUCUCCUUUGUGCGGCUGGGCAGCUGCAGCUUCUCCAAGUCCCAGCUCCUCAACGAGGUUCUCAGCCCCGCCCAGCAGCACCACGACUUCUUUGUGCAUCGGGACAUGGAGUCUGGGGACGUCCCACGGGAAAUCGCUGACGGGCUGGUUGAAAUUGCCUGGUAUUUCCCUGCUGGGAAGGAAAGUUCAGAUCUUUUCCCCGAGCCUGUCGCAGUUACAAACCUGCGCGGGGACAUUGAGUCACACUGAGACAUUGAGUCGCACUGGCUCCAGUUCAGCUUUUUAACACAGAUCUCCUCAGCGGUGUUCAUCAUCACUGAGAGCAUCAGUCAGAGAGAAUACGCCCUGCUCUCCUCUCUGAAAGAGUCAACUGCUAAAUAUUACUUCAUCCUGAAAUUGCCUGUGAGAUACCCAAAGAAACUCCUUAGUCAGCUGGCCCCUGUGCUGAAGCUGAGCAAAUCACAAUUACUGGUGAAAAACAACAGCAUCAAUAAUGCAGGAUUUGUGAAAAAGAUUCAGUCCACUAUGAGAAAUAUAGUGAACUCCUCUCCCAGGACAGUGAGUUUGGAAGCCAUGGCCGUGAUGACUCGUGAGCUAGGAAUGCAGGUGGACGAGGACUCUCAGGCAAGUCAGUGUGCAAGGAAACAUGCUGAAGAAAUCACUGCAGAAAUAAGAGACGGGGCAAAAUACAAAAGGGAAAAUCUGAGACUCCAAGGGGACCCGUGGAGAAACUUGGGUAAAGUGGAGAAAGAGAUGUGCCGAAUGCAAAGGCAAGGGGACAAGGCCACUGAAGACUAUAAAUCUGAGCUGAAACGGAAAUGGUUAGAGAUACGCAGGCAGCAGAAUGAGUGUGACCAAUGUCAGCAUGCGAGGAAACGUGCUGAAGAAAUCACUGCAGAAAUAAGAGACGUCGCAAAAUACAAAAGGGAAAAUCUGAGACUCCAGAGAGAUCCAUGGAGAAACUUGGGUAAAGUGGAGAAAGAGAUGUGCCGAAUGCAAAGGCAAGGGGACAAGGCCACUGAAGACUAUAAAUCUGAGCUGAAACGGAAAUGGUUAGAGAUACGCAGGCAGCAGAAUGAGUGUGACCUUACUGGUGGUCUGACCAAGUUUAUCACAGGACUAGGACAGUUGUCUCCAGUGGAGAAACAUUACUUCCUGAAGUGGAUGAAAUUUAGCCUGGAUAACACUGCUAGGGAAAGUCUUUCUAAGAUGCGUGCGGAGUAUAAAAAGAAAUCAUUUCAUGCGUCUGAGCUGAAACGGAAAUGGCUAGAGAUCCGCAGACAGCAGUAUGAGUGUGACCUUACUGGUGGUCUGAUCAAGUUUAUCAUGGAAAUAGGAGAGUUGUCUCCAAUGGAGAAACAUUACUUCCUGAAGUGGAUGAAAUUUAGCCUGGAUAACACUGCUAGGGAAAGUCUUUCUAAGAUGCGGGCGGAGUAUAAAGAGAAAUGUGAAACUCCAGGAGCAGAACAAAAACAUCUGGAAGAAUUAGAUCAGUCAAUAUCGGACAGCUCCCUCGGGGUGGAGCAUUUCAUGCGCGAGCUCGGGCAGUUCUAUGAGGCUGAAUGCUCGAUGGUUAAAGAAGGGAAAAUGGCAGAAAGCCAAAGACAAUUCAUCCAUAUCCCAGGUAUUGUGGCUGAGCUGAUGCUGGAAGGGUUUCCCGUGGAGCUGAUUGAUGGAGAUGCCUCCAACAUCCCGCUGCAGUGGGUGACCGAUGUUCUGACUCAGCUACACGCCAAGCUCGGGGAAAGGUCCAGGAUGCUGGUUGUAACGGUGCUGGGAGUGCAGAGCACUGGGAAAUCCACCCUCCUCAACACCAUGUUUGGCCUGCAGCUUGCAGUGAGCAGCGGCCGAUGUACGCGAGGAGCCUUCAUGACGCUCAUUAAAGUUACAGAAGCUGUUCAGAAGCUAAGUGGCUGCGAUUUCAUCCUGGUGAUCGACACCGAAGGCUUGAAAGCCCCCGAACUGGCCAAGCUGGAGGAAAGUUACCAACAUGACAAUGAGCUGGCCACUGUGGUCAUAGGACUGAGCGAUAUCACCAUUGUUAACAUGGCCAUGGAGAACGCCACCGAAAUGAAGGACGUUCUGCAAAUCGCAGUCCAUGCCUUCCUCAGGAUGGAGGAAAUCGGACAAAAGCCAAAUUGCCAGUUUGUGCAUCAGAAUGUCAGUGAUGUGUCUGCGCAUGAGCAGAACAUGAGGGACCGGAAACACCUCCUGGAGCAGCUGAAUGAAAUGACCAGAGCUGCAGCCAGGAUGGAAAAGCAAAGCAGGGAAAUGACAUUUUCUGAUAUCAUGGAGUAUGACCCAGAAAAACACAAUUGGUACAUCCCUGGGCUAUGGCAUGGAGUCCCGCCCAUGGCCCCAGUGAACGCUGGAUACAGUGAGAGUGUGUGUGAGCUAAAGAAAUACCUGUUUGAAUUCAUGGAGGAUUCUGACUUUAUUGAAUGGGUGAGAAGCCUGUGGACCUCAGUGAAACAUGAAAACUUCAUCUUCAGCUUCAGAAACAGCCUUGUAGCUGAAGCCUACAACUUGCUGACUAUGAAGUAUUCUGAGUGGGAAUGGGGGUUCCGGAAGGAGAUGCAUCUCUGGAUAUCCGAAAAGGAAACUUUCAUCCAGAAUCAUCUGGCAGACAAACCAGAGGGCAACCUCUUAGGCAAAUUAAAAAGUGAGGCACAGAAGAAACUACAGCAGGAAGAACAGCAGCUCUUGGAUCAUUUAGAACAGUAUUUUAAAGGUGAAGCUGCAAAUCUGAACCUGAUAGAAAAGUACAGAGAAGAUUUCAAAAGGAGCGCAAACAGCCUCAGAAGAGAACUUGAAUAUUUUUCUACCAGUAAAUGUGAGGAAGCCAUUCGAAUCCGAAGGGGACAGCACAAGAUAGGCACUAUCCUGUCCACGUACAAGCAGACAAUUGAAGGGAAAGUUGACAGGCUGUUGGCCGAAUGCCGGAACAGAAAACAGAAGCUAGACGAUGAGAAACUGAAAACAGAAUUUGAAAGGAUGUGGAAAGACACCUUGUCUGAGUUAAAGCCCAGUCAUUUGCAUAAACGUCAAGUUGUUCAAGACCUGGAUUUCCAGCUAAGAAAAGAUCUGGAGAACCGAGGGAGUGCUGUCAAGCUGAUACUACAACAAGUACCAAACCUGCUGUGUUACCGGAUAAAAUCUUUCAGUAUUAAAGAUGAAUAUUUAGACCUGAAAUGGCACAGAAAAGUUGUUGAAUAUUUCAUACAGAGCAGUUAUGGUAAAACUGAAGCGCUUGCUAAAUCUUUAAUGAAAGAAUGCAUGAAGUACAUUGAAGAAAAAGUUAAAUCGGAAACAGAUUAUGAUGAAACCUACUGUGGAGAGCUGCUGCGUAUGGUUAAUGAGAGGCUAAAACAGGAGGAUGUUCUAAAACUUUGCACUACCUCUCAUUUUGAAGUUGAUCUGAAGCUUCACAUUUUGGGGGAAGCAGCUCAUGCAUUUCAGAAGAUGCAUGAAGAUUUCAUCAAAGAAAAUGAACCUGUGCAACGCCUGGAGAAGCUGAAACCUCAGUAUUUCAAGACUUUUACAGCCCUUUACUUGGAAAAGGAUGGGAGCCAAACACUGGCCAGGGAUUUCUGUGAUCAGUGUCUCAUACCUGCCCUGGUAGAGUAUGUCAACAGGAUACUUGGGGUGCAAAUAGUGGACGACGUUCUCAGCGGCUCGCAAUCCAUUACGUACAGCAACCGUGGUUUUUUUCAGUUUGAGCUGCUGAAGGAGUUGUUGGAGAAGGACAACUUUGAGAGCUACAUGGAAUAUAUUAGGACAUAUGAAGAUUUUGUCAAAAGCUGGAUAGGGACACAACUUUUAGAGCGCUACAGCAAGACGACAGCCUUGGGAGACAUGGAGAAAAAGAUUCUGUCCUCAAUGAAAGAGAAAGUCAGGGAGGCUAUUAAAAUCAGCAGUGCUACAAAGAACACCAAAGUCUCUGACUUUUUAGAUUCUGUAUGCAAAGGGCUACAGAAAGAUCUAGUGAUUACCAGGGAUAAUUUAGUGGAGAUGCAAUUUUUAAAUACAGCCAGUGCUGAGCAGUUUUCUGAUUUUAUACAGCUUUUUCUUCCAGAUCUGGAAGAAAAAAUCUUAGCUGAUCUGAAAAGUACAGACAUUGAGUCAAAACUCUCCCAUCUGUCGGUGAAACCCGAGGCUGAAAUGUUCAAGCGAGUGUUCGGCUGUGGGAAGCAGUGUCCCUUCUGCAAGGUCCCCUGUGAGGCAGGCGCCCCUGGUCACCAGGAGCACUUUGCUUCAGUGCAUCGGCCUCUAGGAUUAGGGGAAUAUAAGACUUUGUAUAAUGAAAAGCUUCACUAUGGCAUAUGCUCGUCGGAUGUGGUUGGCAAUGGUACAUUCCAGAAUUCAGACACAGAAUGGAAUGAUCAUCCCUACCAAGAGUACCGUGACUAUUACCCGGACUGGAACAUUCAGCCAGAUCCCAGCAUAGAAGCUUCCAGUUACUGGAAGUUUGUUUUUCACAAGUUCAAUCACCAGUUUGCUGAAGAGUAUGACGCUAAACCAGCCGAUCUCCCGGAGGACUGGGGCACCAUUACUAAGGAGCAGGCACUGGAGAGCAUCAAGCAAGUUUUUAACAUGAAGUAAAGAGCGUGUGAGAGUCUGUUUAAGUGGGGUUGCAAGGCCUAGUGCCUGAGAUCCACUAACACAUCACCAGGAGGACAGAGCACAAACCCCAAGUAAAUUGAAAACAAGACAAACCUCCAAAAGAGACACAGACUCUAAUACAGUAUUUGGUUGUCUGCGAGAGCAGCUUCCCAAUAGAAAAACGACCAGAGAUCUACUGAACUCUGAGCUGACACUUACCCACCCAUAACUAAACAGUGUGUGGGAUUUACACAUCUCCACAUCUGUCUUCCUUUCCGAUGCCUAUGCCACUUAGAAGGUUUUAAAAAAUAUCAAUAUCUCCAGGCUUUAAUAUGGUACUAAAGAAUAUUUGACAAACAAACAAUCUUAUUUCUAGUGGACAUUUAAAGCUCUCCAUAUUUACUGAUGAGGAAUGUUCACUCAACUAUGUCUAGCUGCUCCUAUCUCUCGCUCCAAAGUACUACUCAUUCCACAUCUAUUUUUGGGUGAGCAAUCACUGCCAUGUGUGAUUAGCCUGCAAUGUGCUACUUUGCCUCAUUUUGAGUUUUCAUUACAAAUCCACCUUCUCACAGAGCUAAAGAGAGAAGGAGGUCAUGGUUUUGACAAAGAUAAGUGACAGUCUGAGUCUGCAUGUAUUGGAGUUCCAGACUUUUCAUAAAUCCUCAGUUAGCUGGGAAUUUUGAUAAAUCAAAUGAAUGUUUAUUUCCUGCAAAUAAAAAGAGCAAUAUCGGGAAACACAGUAUAGUUGUGGCAUUUCCCACAACAUGAUCUUCUGGAAAUGCAUGAAACAUUCAAAACUGCCUAUAAAAUUUUAUUAUAAUGAACUAUUUUUAACCUAUUUGCUGCCUCAUACAUGUAUUUUGCUGAAGCAAAAGUGACACCUAGUAACCAGUUAAUGUCCCCUAUUAAUUCACUUUGUCUUAAUUUGCUCCUUUUUGCCUGGGCAUUAUUGUGAUCAGUCUUUAACUGCAGGGUCAUCUGCUCUUUUCCCCACAUGCGUUCACUGCAUUGGGGUGUGAUGGUCAAAACACACUUCAGAUUGUUAUCCAAUGUGUUGAGACUAGCCUGUUGCAACACAGAUCAAGAGGUGGGCCAUGCCUCUGCAGACCUUAACAGAAAACAGUACAGUAAGAUAUCUGCCUCCUGCACUUUCAUACCCAGCCCCGUGCACCCUAGAUAAAUCCCCCUUACGUGGUACAGAUCUCCAUACCAGUGAGAUCGGUCCUCUUUCUUGACACAAAGGAAGCUAUGCUCAGACUCUUUGCCCUCCACCCCCACUAGUAACAAUUAUUUCCACCAGGUUUAUUAAUAAACAAAAGUGAUUGUAUGAAGUCCAAAAAGGGUUUCAAGCCAAAUACACCAGCACACACAAGCUAAGCUUAAUACACUCAAGAAGCUAGUGACAUGUCAUACCUCACCCUGAAAGUUGCUCCAAUCAUCAUUGCACACACUGGACAGAUGGGUCCAGGCCUUUCCCCUGUUCAGUGGUUGGAUGUUUCCAGCAGUCAUCUUGAGUUCAGCUCCAGAGGAGAACUGACCAUGUGGAUUAUCUCACCCUGAAUCGGAUUUGCAGAAGGCAAGAAUCCAUUGUGUUCAGUCCCAGCUUUCCUUCCGCUCUCAUGGAAAAAAUACAGAUGGAUUCCCAUAGCAAGUGACAUAGUUGCAUGUCUCUGUAAGGCCCUUGUCUCUGUGCUUCCUAGGCUGACCCACACAUCAGGUUAAGCUCCAUUGUCUCUUGCUAAUGGGCCACCAUAGCCCUGAAAUCUGAUCAGUGGGAGAGACCCCAAAGCAGCAAAUCUGCAAUGAUAGAUACACAGUUCAAUGUUCCUAACUUGAGCUACAAACGCAAUACACGCCCACCGUAGUAAGAGGUGGGCUUAGAACACAAGCCCACAUAUCACAGGCCUGGUGUGAGGCCAGAGGCCUAGCCAGAAAUGGUCAAGACUCUGCUAAUAUAAAUGAAGGCUAAGCUGUGGCAAGAGGCAGACCCUUGUGCAUGGAACUUGACACCUGCCUGGACCUCAGCAAUGCGGCCUGCUUCAUGACCCCAACCUCUGUGAGAGCGAGGGGGAGACUUUCCUGCCAGGGUGGGGGGCAGAGGCUGAU